AUGUUGAAUACGCGCCACUUCAGUGUCAAACUCAGUGGAUUCGCUUGCGCCGGGUUUGCCAGGACCCAGAAGGCUGUUGGAGUUCAGUGCCCCAAUGAGUGCUUUGAGAAGGUUGCUGCGACGAUCAAAUAUGUCUUCAGAACUAGCAUACUUUUGAUUGAUGCUUUGCCUUUCUCUCUCCUCACAACCCUCCUGCUCUCACGUGGUAAGCCUCAACUGGAGAUCAUCACCACAUCAACAUCAAAACACAACCAAACAGUCCGAGCACCUUUCCUCGAGGUCAUCAACAUGGAUCUUCAGACGCCUACCUUCCACCCGUGGAAGCGACUUCCACAGGAGCUCAAAUUCAUGGUCCUCCUCCACCGCCUGCUGCUUCCCGGUUUGAUCACCGUAAUCAAUCAUCCCAGCCAUUCCGCACGCUCGCUGCUCAAGCUCAUCCUCACCAACAAGGCAACCAAAGCCAUCGCACUGGACGUAUACUACGGCGAGAACAUGUUUUGUUUCAUGCGUAAAAAUUCCCCGGAUUACUGUCGCCCAGACAAGCUACACUGGGAAUGGAAGUUGCCUAACCCUGCGUUUCUGAUUCGGGUUCGCAAUAUUGAAGUCGUGAUCAAGGCUAGUGUUGACACAGGAUUCAAGAUGGCUUGGGAUGACAAAUUCAGGACCGAGUGGCCUUACCUGUUCUUAGAUGAACGCAAGCCUGCAACCGCCCCGGCAUCGAACUGGCAGAAACACUUCACCAAUGUCACGCAACUGAAGAUCGUGGUUGAGUUCGCUCCUCACCCCACCUUGACCUGUCUCGACAGCUGCCUCGCUUCAUGUGUCAAGGAAAUGAGGGGGUGCGAGUUAAAGUCAUGCCUAGGAAAGUCGAAAUCGAGGUCAGAGGCUUACACUGUCCUGAAGCAUCCAAAUGUAAUGGUGUUUGUGAAGCGUCAAUUACGACUGCAAUUCGCGAAGCUGUGGAGAUUAGAAGCUGAAGCGCCGAAGAUGCAUCUCAAACUACUCCCAAGAUCACAGAACUGCAUGUCGAUGAUCAAGCUCGGGCAGUUGUGA